AUGGAAGAUGAUAAUAAUAAACCCCAAACACAAAAACCAUUUACCCUGCGAACCCACCGUCCAGGAGACAUUGGCUGGAUAACACAUCGACACGGGAUUCUCUACGCGACCGAAUACAACUUUAGCGAGCGUUUCGAGUCCGUUGUAGCCCGAAUUUCCGCCGAUUUUAUCGACAAUUAUGACCCAUUGUCGGAGAGAUGCUGGAUUGCCGAGUCUACAAAAGGCAGUGGCGAGUUUCUGGGCAGUGUAAUGCUCGUUAAUGACCGAGAUCGCCCUCGGACGGCCAAGAUUCGCCUCCUUUUGGUCGAGCCGAGUGCGCGUGGCAUGGGUGUUGGGAGAGGCUUAGUUCGGAAAUGUAUUCAGUUUGCGAGGCAGGCCAAUUACGAGAGGAUCGCGCUUCUUACCACUAGCUUUCUUGCUCCCGCAAAGCAUAUAUACCAUAGUGAAGGGUUUAGAAUGGUCAAAGAAGAGGAACAUGAAACAUUUGGGAGGACGGUAAUGGGUGAAUUCUGGGAGUUGGAGCUAGGGAGCUCAACAACUGAGAAUAAGAGUUAG